AUGAUAUCUGAUCUCGUUAGUUAUGUCGAUGAUGCUACUACUUCACAUGCAAUUGUACUGGAGUUGGGUUCCAAAUCGAAAGGCUUCCGAACUGAUCAAGGAGCGAAGCUUUUGCCACAAGAAGAUUCAGAAGGUAGGAUGGAAAAUUCCAAACGUAAGGUGAGCCCCGCCAUGCUGUGUUCUCGUAGUUCUACUUCUAAAUGUUCGCGGGUAACUACAGCACUCAAAGCAGCCAACAAGUACGAGCUGCAGUAUCCUUCCUUCACAGUAGUUAUCCGGUCAAGUGAUCUAUUGAAGCAAGAUGUGACUGUCCCUGGCGGUAUUUUUAAGGGACGCGUCAAUGGAAGCAAGCAAACCGCAACUCUUAAAUAUUUAGACGGAUCAUGGCCAGUGAAGCUCCUGUACUACCCACAACAUGGCUCGGGAAAGCUCUUUGCCGGUUGGGGCGCAUUUCAGAGAGCAACUUCUCUAAAGGAAGGAGAUGUCUGUGUGUUUGAGCUUAUUACCGAACUCAAAGUCUCCAUUUUUAGAAGGAACGUCAAGACUUCGGCGUAA